GUAUGUUGCUGCUGUUCUGCUUUGCGUCCUCGCUACAAACGCCUGGUGGACAACAUAUUCCCUGAGGAUCCAAAAGUAAUUUGAUCUACAUCUACUGAUUCUCCUCUUUGCUGACCCAUUCUGCCCCCCUGCUGACUUUCCUAAGGAUGGCCUUGUUAAAGCUGAUAUGGAAAAAUUGACAUUUUAUGCAGUAUCUGCUCCAGAGAAGUUGGACCGAAUAGGUUCUUAUUUGGCAGAAAGACUGAGCAGGGAUGUUGUCAGACAUCGUUCUGGGUAUGUUCUGAUUGCUAUGGAGGCACUGGACCAACUUCUUAUGGCCUGUCAUUCUCAAAGUAUCAAGCCAUUUGUAGAGAGCUUUCUUCAUAUGGUGGCCAAGCUGCUGGAAUCAGGGGAACCAAAACUUCAAGUUCUUGGAACAAAUUCUUUUGUCAAAUUUGCAAAUAUUGAAGAAGAUACACCAUCCUAUCACAGACGUUAUGACUUUUUUGUAUCUCGAUUCAGUGCCAUGUGUCAUUCCUGUCAUAGUGAUCCAGAAAUACGAACAGAAAUACGAAUUGCUGGAAUAAGAGGUAUCCAGGGCGUGGUUCGCAAAACAGUUAAUGAUGAACUUCAAGCUACCAUUUGGGAACCCCAGCAUAUGGAUAAGAUCGUUCCAUCACUUCUGUUUAACAUGCAAAAGAUAGAGGAUAUUGACAGUCGCAUCGGCCCUCCUUCUUCUCCUUCUACAGCUGACAAAGAAGAGAAUCCCUCUGUGCUGGCUGAGAACUGUUUCAGAGAACUGCUAGGUCGAGCUACUUUUGGGAACAUGAAUAAUGCUGUUAGACCAGUUUUUGCGCAUUUAGAUCAUCACAAACUGUGGGAUCCUAAUGAAUUUGCAGUUCAUUGCUUUAAAAUUAUAAUGUAUUCUAUUCAGGCUCAGUAUUCUCACCAUGUGAUCCAGGAGAUUCUAGGACAUCUUGAUGCUCGUAAGAAAGAUUCCCCACGGGUUCGAGCGGGUAUUAUUCAGGUUCUGUUAGAGGCUGUUGCCAUUGCUGCUAAAGGUUCCAUAGGGCCCACUGUGCUGGAGGUCUUCAAUACCCUACUGAAACAUUUGCGCCUCAGUGUUGAAUUUGAGGCAAAUGAUUUGCAUGAGGGAUCUCUAAGCAGUGUCAGUAUAAACACAGGUUCCAAAGACAAUGAUGAGAAGAUUGUGCAGAAUGCUAUCAUCCAAACAAUAGGAUUUUUUGGAAGCAACCUACCAGAUUAUCAGAGAUCAGAAAUCAUGAUGUUCAUCAUGGGGAAAGUACCUGUUUUUGGAACAUCUACUCAUACUUUGGAUAUCAGUCAAUUAGGGGACUUGGGAACCAGGCGGAUUCAGAUAAUGUUGCUGAGAUCUUUGCUUAUGGUCACUUCUGGAUACAAAGCCAAGACGAUUGUUACUGCACUGCCCGGAUCUUUCCUGGACCCUUUGUUGUCACCGUCUCUUAUGGAAGACUAUGAGCUGAGGCAAUUAGUCUUAGAAGUAAUGCAUAAUCUUAUGGAUCGCCAUGACAAUAGGGCAAAGCUUCGAGGGAUCAGAAUAAUACCAGAUGUAGCAGACCUAAAGAUAAAAAGAGAAAAAAUUUGUAGGCAAGACACAAGUUUCAUGAAAAAGAAUGGGCAACAGCUGUAUCGGCACAUAUAUUUGGGUUGUAAAGAGGAAGACAAUGUUCAGAAAAACUAUGAGCUACUUUAUACUUCUCUUGCUCUUAUAACUAUUGAGCUGGCCAAUGAAGAAGUGGUUAUUGAUCUUAUUCGAUUGGCCAUUGCUUUACAGGACAGUGCAGUUAUCAAUGAGGAUAAUUUGCCAAUGUUCCAUCGUUGCGGAAUCAUGGCACUGGUUGCAGCAUAUCUCAACUUCGUAAGUCAGAUGAUAGCUGUUCCUGCAUUUUGCCAGCAUGUUAGCAAGGUUAUUGAAAUUCGAACUAUAGAAGCUCCUUAUUUUCUGCCAGAACAUAUUUUCAGAGAUAAGUGCAUGCUUCCAAAAUCUUUAGAGAAGCAUGGCAAAAAUUUGUACUUUCUGACCAACAAGAUAGCAGAGUCACUAGGUGGAAGCGGGUAUGGUGUUGAGAGAUUAUCAGUACCAUAUGUCCCUCAAGUAACAGAUGAAGAUCGCCUUUCUAGGAGGAAAAGUAUUGUGGACACUGUAUCGAUCCAGGUGGAUAUUUUACCCAACAACGUUCCCUCUGACGAUAUUAGUAACACAGAAGAAAUCACAUUUGAGGCAUUGAAGAAAACAAUUGAUACCAAUGUAAUGGAAGAACAAGAAAAGGAAAAGAGACGUCUUGUAAUAGAGAAAUUCCAGAAAGCACCUUUUGAAGAAAUAGCAGCACAGUGUGAAUCCAAAGCAAAUUUGCUUCAUGAUAGACUUGCUCAAAUAUUGGAGCUCACUAUACGUCCUCCCCCCAGCCCAUCAGGAACACUGACCAUUACUUCUGGGCAUGCUCAGUACCAGUCUGUCCCAGUCUAUGAGAUGAAGUUUCCAGAUCUGUGUGUGUACUAAAUGGUCAUGAAAACCUCAGCACAGAAUUUUAAAGCCUAAAAUUAAGGCCAGGCUGAAAUUUCAGGGUUUACUUAAUGCAUAUUAACAUAUUUUUUGAGAAUGAUAAUGGAAGUUACUUUAACCAAGUGCUUGGUAUACCAUCUUAGAAGUUUGGGAACUACAUAUGAUUUGGAGUACUUUUGAAGAUAGGUAUGCCAUGUGAAUUUGCUUUGAGGUUCCUAUGGGCUUUUAAAGUUGAACAGGUAUUACUCUUACAUUAUUCCAUUGUUAAACAGUAUCUUUUAAACUUUUCACAAACGUAAUUUUUUUAAAAAAUUGAAAAUGUGUGAAAUGUCUACUAUAUUUCUUGACUGUCUAUACAACUGCUUAGAAAUAGAAAUGCUCUUGGUUAUCUGCAAAAGCAAAUAUAUUCCUAAUUCUCUUGCAAAACAGUCACAUGGCUUUCUAUCCCUGCACUUUCAUAGGUCGUGGUGGGCUUCUUUCCAGUCAUCUACUGUAAUAACGUAGGCAUUCCUUAACACGUUCACAGUCAUACAGCACCUAUUUCCUACAUUAUGACUUUUAAAAUAACCAUACUAUAAAACAUCUAGUUCUUGUAACACUGUUUUCUGCUGAGAGUUUGACCACUUGAGAUAAGCGCUUACUCUUAGAGUACCAAACUGUGCAAUAUUUUUUACAUCAUAAGAUGUAUUAGUUUACAAGAAAUGCUUUGAAACUAUAGUAAUAUUUUGUUGUGGCUCCAUUAAAUAAAUUUUUAAAAAUAUAUAUAUAUUUAGUAUAGAAAAGGACAUUUAAGACAGCUACUAGUUCACCUGUGAGGAAUCUCUACAUUUCAAUUUCUCUUAAGAGCACAUUAAUUUACAUUUUUAUAUUGUGCAUUGUUUUCACUCUUUAUAGUCAAAAAAAUUCCUCAAGUGGAUUUUUAAUGUGUAAAAUUUGAACCAAAACUUAUAUGUAUCUUCUGUUUAGGAUCAGUAGCAUUACAUUUGAAAAGAGUGCCUGUGCUUUAGCAAAUAUGCUGAGGUCUGUCAGUGUAAGCUACUUCUGAUUUCCACUUCAAGGUCACAGGAGCACUCCACAUUCAUGCAUUUUAGUGAAUGACAACAUAUAGUAAUGAACAAGCUUUCUUUGCAAUUUGUAGAAAAUUCUCUUAGGACAGUUUUAUGAAAUCAUUUGUCAGAUACCUUUUUUUUUUCAUAAUCCAUAUAUAAAAUUGUAAUUCAAAAAACAAUUCAGUGGCUUUGUUGGUUUUUUUUGUUGUUGUUGUUGUUUGUUUGUUUUGAAAAUUGCAGCAAAAAAUGAGAUCUAAAGUUAAAGACUUUGUGUUUGUAAUUUUUUGGACCCCUUUAAUAGAAAUAGAAAAAAAUGAUAUGAAAACAAGCAUACUCACAAAUGCUUGAGUAUAUUUAAACCAAAGUAAAAAAUCUUAAAAAAGAGUCUGGUCACUUGCAUCUAUAAAAUGACAAUAAAACAUCCUGAGCUGUUAAAUGUAACUAAACCAGACCUUGUUUUCAGAAUAAUAGUAUAGUCACAACUGCAGGACCAAAUGGCCCUGUUGCAGCUGUUGCUGUAACUUUCCCUCUUACCAGGUAAAAUAUGUCACUGGUUAAUAAGCCAAAUUGUGGAUUUUUAUUUGCCUUUUUUUUCUAUAUUUUUUAAGAAAGCUAAUUUUUGUGCAUUUAAAAUUUAAGUAGGGGAACAUGCAAAUACAAUCACCAUCCACUUGGAUGUCAUUUUAUAAAUUAACACUGUGUGCUUUUGUAUGAAAAAAAUAUAUAUAUAUAGUUUAAUAGUAUAAAAAAUAAACAUUCAUUUGCACUCAUGCAAAAUACAAACUUUGCUCUACAGAAAUGUGUUUCUUGUUAAAAUUGCAUGCAUUGCAUAUAAAGGAAAACCAUUGCAAUUAAUGUUUAUCAUACCUUUCCCUUGCUCUUUGGAAAGUGUUAAUUUGGGUUUUGUGGGUGGGAGUUGUUAUUUGUAAAUCACAAUAGGCUUUUAUCCUAAGUGCAGUAGACUGAACAGGUCCUGUUGACCAGGAUUCCUAAGUAGUGGGUCUUUUCUCUGGCUGAGCCUUCCAUGCUUGCAGGACACUAGGAUUAGAGUUAGAGCUGUGUUGUAGUCAGUUCAGACAUGGAAACUAGAAUUUGUUGAAGUUUACUGCAUCCACAUAUUUAAGUAGAUAUGUAAAACUCAUAAUAAAUUGUUAAUCAUCCUCUUUUUGCUAUGUAUAGUUGGCUUAUAUCAUUCUUUUGUGUGACACUGAAUAGUCAAAAUUUAAAUGUUCUCUUCUGCUUGUGUUAUCUGUGGCUGCUUAUGUAGAUUUUGAUUGGAAUUUACCUGAACAAACACACACACACCCUUAAUACUUCUGAACUCAUUAUCAUUUAGAGUAAUACCAGAGAUUACCAGCAAUUAACUUCCCAUUUCCCAGAAUGUUUCUUGUCUUCCUGUCUAGAAAUGGAGUUCAUUUAUCUUAUUCAUGUUGAAACAAGUGUUAAAUGUACUGAAGUAAGUUUUAAAUGUUAAAAAUUCACUGUGCAAUCAUAUGUAAGCAAUAAAAUAAA